AUGGCUCGCCGGAACCAGCCAUCAAGCGCCAGUGGCACGAAGUCCACGACGGGCCGGUCGACUAUGGGCCUCCUCGGCAAGGUCGCUCUCGCCACCGGUGCCGGUGUAGGCGGUUAUCUCCUCUACAACGCUUAUGAGCAGGAUCCCGCGGCGUACAACGAGGCAGCUUACCAGGCUUACACCUCCGCCUGGGAUGGUGCGAACGCCGCCCGGGACACAGUCCAGCCGUACCUCUCCACUGCCCAGCCCUACCUCUCCACUGCCCAGUCGUACCUCUCCACUGCCGCCAACACCGCACGCGAGUACGGAACGUCUGUCUGGUCACGCGUCUCUGAGUACGCUCCCAUAUCCAAAUACGCCUCUUCCGUCGGGCAGAGUGUGGCUUCCGGAUGGUGCCCUGAAGCUACCUUGGGUGCGGUCGGAUUGGGCGGUGCGGGUGUGUUGUAUUCCCUGUGGCCGACCGGGGGUGGCCAUUCUGGAAAGGCGAGCUCUCAAGGCCAGUAUUCCGGGUCGGAGACGGAUACUCAAUCAGCACUCGCCGCUCACUCAGCUCAGAGUACGGGGACCUUCCGGUUGCGGACGAAGCCGGAGGGGGAUCAACAAGUCGAGAGGACGAGGGACCAGCGUCAGAGCCGCGCGGGAAGACUACCAGGGACAAGAAGCCACCAGACGGGGAGGACGGCAACGGCCCGGGCAGCUGCUGUCAGGGGUUACCCGGUCCCCUUGGGCAAGUCGGCGCACAUACAGUACUGUCGCCCGCGCAGAGAGGGAGCGAGGUGA